CGGUCCUCCCUUUGCCUCCCCAUUACGUCCCUCCAAAGUUUCCCCCAAGGAAGAGAAAGUAACCCCUCACCCCAAAAAGUUCACACACUCCAUCUCUCUCUCUCUCUCUCUCUCUCUACCUCUCUCUGAGUGGCACUGUGCUGCUUCCCCAACUGUUUCCAUGGAGGCAUAGAUGCAACUUUCCUCUCCAUUCCUCACUUCUCUCCAAAACAGAUGGGCAGGUGGGAAAGAUGGGAAAGGAGCAGUUCUUGAUUUUGCAGGCUGUUCUUGGUUGUAGCAAUUGAGGCACCUUCUGCAACCACAACAAGAUUCAUCAUUGCAUAGAGAUGGGAAAGAUGGGAAAGAUGGGAGAGGAGCAGUUCUUGAUUUUGCAGGCUUUUCUUUGCUUGUAGCAAUUGAGGCACUGCCUGCCCAUGACAACCACAGGAAGAUUCAUCAUUGCAUAGAAUAGAAUUCUCUCUCUCUCUCUCUUUCUCUGUCUGUGCAAAUGGCAAUGUGAGGCAGAGGGAGAGGUUCUUGAGCUCCCUCCCUCUCUCUCUCCUCCUUUAUAAUGGCGGUGGCGGCUGCCAUUUCUGACCCACCAAGCCCCGGCAACCUUGCCAGCAACCCACCAUUGCCGUCGCCGCCAUCUUCGUCUUCUUCGGCCCGGGCGCCUGCAAAAUCCUCUCUUUCGCACGGCGAGAGGGACGGCGGCAAUGGCGGCCUCAAUUCCCGGCGACCCAAAUCGCGGCCGGUCUCUUCCAGAUACCUCUCCCCUUCCCCUUCGGCUUCCGCCGCGGCGGCGGCGGCGGCGGCGGCGGCGACGCCCCCGCCGGCUGCUUCCGGUGCUCGCCGAUUCGCGUCCCCGGUCCACGCUCGAUCCUCCAAUUCGACGCCCUCGGCUUCCCCUGCUCCGAAACGGUCGCAGUCCGCGGACCGGAGGCGGCCCACGACGCCGAACGCGAGGCCAGUCCCGCGGCCGGGCUCGCCGGCGCGGCAGGGCAAUGCGGCCGAAGUCUCUGCGGCGGCGAGGAUGCUGAUCGCCUCGUCGAAGAGGAGCUUGUCCGUGUCGUUUCAAGGGGAGGCCUUUUCGGUACCGGUGAACAAGGCCAAGGAAGCUUCGGCGCGGAAAGCGACACCAGAGAGGAGGAAGGCGACUCCGACGAGAGAUCCGAAUGGAGAUCAAGUGGAGAAUUCGAGGCCGGGGGAUCAGCACCGGUGGCCGGCGAGGAUCCGGCAAGGGAAUUUGGUUCCGAAUGGCAAUUCCUUGACGCGGAGCUUGGACUGUUCGAGCGGGGCGGAGGUUAGGAAGAAGCUGGGUGGGUUUGGAUCUGGGAAUGUGCUCAAAGCAAUGCAGCAAUCAAUGAUUGUGGAGAGUAGAAGGACGCCGUUUGAUGGGAGAUUAAGCUUGGAUAUGGGCAAUGCAGAUAAGGUGCUUCCUAAAAGGUCAGAUGGAAAUUCAGUGAGAUAUCCAUCGGCUCUUUUCUGUGACGGUACUUCUGAUACUGAUAGUGUGUCCUCUGGUGACACUUCUGGUCUACAAGAGUGUGGCGUUGGUGGUAUUGCCAGGCUGAAGAAUGCCCCCCGGGGGAUUGUUGUGUCGGCGAGGUUUUGGCAGGAAACUAACAGCAGGAUGAGGCGGCUGCAAGAUCCUGGCUCGCCAUUAUCGAGUCCGGGGUCGAAAACAGCAUCCUCUGACAAGCCUGUGCAGUCGAAGCGAUUUAGUGCUGAUAGCUCGCUUUCAACGUCGAGAACGAUGGCCUCUCCCAUUAGAGGGUCCUCAAGGCCUGCCUCACCAAGUAAAGCAUGGACUCCAUUGUCGCCUUCCCCAUCGAAAGGGAUGUCCAGUCCUUCUCGGGUUAGACCGGGUUCUGGCGGCUUGACUAGUAGUUCUAAUUUUAAUUCUUCGAUUCUGAGUUUCUCUGUGGAAGUUCGGAGAGGGAAGAUGGGGGAGGAUCGUGUUGUUGAUGCACAUAUGCUUAGGCUUCUGUAUAACCGCUACUUGCAGUGGCGGUUUGUGAAUGCAAGGGUUGAUGCUAACUCCGUGGUACAGAGAAGAAAUGCUGAGAAAAUUAUAUGGAAUUCUUGGGUAACCAUCUCAGAACUACAACAUUCUGUCACACUUAAAAGGAUGAAGUUGUUGCUGCUCAGGCAAAAGUUGAAGCUAACAUCUAUCCUAAAGGGACAAAUUUCCUAUCUUGAAGAGUGGUCUCUCCUUGAUAGAGAUCAUGCCAGUUCCUUGCUUGGGGCAACCGAAGCUCUGAGAGCAAGCACUCUUCGUCUUCCAGUCAUUGGGAAGGCAAUUCAGGCCGAUGUACACAAGCUGAAGGAUGCAAUGGGUUCAGCAGUUGAUGUGAUGCAAGCAAUGGCAUCCUCAAUAUGCUCACUUUCAUUGAAGGUGGAGGAAAUGAACUCGUUGUUGGCUGAACUUGUAUAUGUCACAGCAAAGGAGCAGCUUUCCCUGGUACAGUGCAAGGACUUCUUGUCCACAUUGACUGCUAUGCAGGUGAAGGAUUGUAGCUUGAGAACACAUAUAUUACAAAAGAAUUAUCUACCGAUGACCUGAACUCCGACAGCACAUGGUUAAGCUGAUUUAUCUGACUACUCAUACUCAAAAGCUAACGUUACACUCAAACCCAAGUGCAUUUGUUCUUCCACCGAGGGAUGCCACCAUGAAGGUUGUAAGAUUUUUUCCAUUCUUGUUCUGUUUUUCCUGUAUCUCCAUGAUAAACGAAAAUGGCUUCCUCAUCAGUGGUUUAAUGUAAAGAAGAACACGUCCUGUGUUCGGGGUAAAGGGAAAGCAUUGUAUAUAUAAUGUUCGUUCACAUGAUAAUAGCUAAUUGUUCACAUGAUAAUAGCUAAUUAUGAAGUUCGUGAUCUGAUUA